GAGCAGUGAGGAUGAGAUAACAUACUGCAAUACAUAUGCAACUAGAAGUACAUUUGGAUCAGUGCAUAGAACUUUAUUUAAAUUUUGCUUGUUAACAAAAACAUUUCUUUCAGGUGAGGAUCCUUCAUCAGUUUGCGUGAGUUUGAGUAUUGAGAAACAUAUUUUUUUCAAUAGAUGAGGCAACAACCUAAAGAAGACGGUAUGAUUAUGUAUUCAAAUGCAUCUGCUGGGGAAUUUCUAACACUGGCACCAUUGGGUUUAUCUGCUACACAUGUUUAUCCAGCGUUUGUAUUUGGUGCACUUACUUAUUUUAUUAUUGUAUUUUGCAACAUGUUGGUUUUAACAACUAUUGCUGUGAGUAAAAAGCUACACAAGCCCAUGUUUAUCCUGCUGUUCAACUUGCCCAUUAGUGACAUGUUGGGUGCUACAGCUUUUUUUCCUCAGCUUCUGCUCAGCAUUGUGACACAGAACAGGGUGAUUUCAUAUCCUGCAUGUAUUACUCAGGGUUUUCUGAUUCACUUUUAUGGUACAGGAAACCUGCUGAUCUUGACUGCCAUGGCAUAUGACAGAUACAUUGCUAUAUGUUGUCCUUUAAGGUAUAAUACCAUCAUGAGUCAAAAUAAUUUAAUCAGAAUUAUCAUUGCAAUAUGGUUCCUUAAUUUUUCAUUGAUGUUUACAUUGUUUGUUUUACUUGUGCGGUUUAAAGUUUGCAGGACAAAUAUAGUGGAUUUGUACUGUAACAAUCCAUCAUUAGUGAAACUGGUCUGUGAGGACACCAGAUUGAACAACUACUAUGGAAUUGUGCUUGUGGUUUUGGGUGGACCACUGUUGAUAUUAAUAUACACAUAUGCACAGAUCUUGCAUACAUGUGUCAUGACUAAUCAUACAGAUGCCCGGAGAAAAGCCAUUCAAACAUGUGGUACACAUUUAGUUGUUUUCUUAAUUUUACAAAUCAAUACUGCCUUUACACUCAUUGCUCAUCGUAUUGAGAGUGCAUCCCCUUUCAUUAGAAGAGCUCUUGGUGUGUCAAUUUUAAUAUUUCCCCCUUUUUUGGACCCAAUUAUAUAUGGACUGAAAACUGCAGAACUAAAGCAGAGCAUAUUAUUGUACCUAAAAAGAAAGGCUUGUUCGACCAAGUUGUAAUCAGUUUUCAAUUUUGAUUUGAAUGAUUACAGGAAUCACAGCCAGUGUGGAAAUCUUGUCUCAACACUGACUCAAACAUAUGUGUACUAUGGAGGAAUGUAUAAAUGUGCAACCCCUGUUAUUUUCUUGACACUGCAAUAAAAGUAUUUGUUGCCAAAUUUCACUGUGUUCAACAGGACUCUAAAUGUUACAUUUAAGCAAUAUCACUUGAGGUCGUGAAUAUUAACACAGCUGUGAUUAAGAUAAUCACAGCUGAUAGUAAGCAGCAAAAUAUUAUGAUUUGUUUAUUUUCCAUUUGACAGGUGUAAAAACACCCUAAAUGUCACUCUUUUAUCCUGAAAUUUGAUUAUUUUUCCUAAAGCAACCCAAAAAGCAUGAACCUAUGAAGAUACCCGAACUGCCACUUCAGUGACUGAAAAACUGCAAAACAGGGAAAACUCACUGCAA